CAAGAGCCAGAUCUGAGAUGCCAGACAAAAGCCAGAACCUUGAAUUCCGUUCUGAUCUCCUGCAUCUGUGGUGGUGUCCCAAAUACUUGAGUGGUCAACAAGUGCUGUCCUAGGUGUGUUGACAGGAAACUGAGUGGGAAGGAGAGCAUCUGAGACUUGAACUAGCACUCCCACAUAGGGCCUGGCAUCACAAGAUGCAGCUUAAUGUGCCGUGCUCUAACGCUGUGAAUUUUAUGACAUGCAAAAUGGAUCUCAAUAAAUAUGCUACAAAUCUGGUUUUGAAAAUGAACACCGUUUGAUCCCAUUUUCCAUGAAUUUUUGAAGCCUUGUUGGGUACAGUUUGGGGUUUCUUAUUCUCUUUAUUUGACACUUUUGUUAUUAUCUAAAUGUAGUCUCAUACCACAGGAGCAGAUUUAAUUUUGGCUAAAAAAUUUCUCCUUUAAACAUUGUCUUUGGUAUGUUAUAUAUUUUUACCCUUUUUGUAAAAUUUUUUUUUUGUUGGAUUGAGCCUCUUGAAAUUGAAUAUAUUAAUGUGACAUGGGGAAUGCAUGUAUAUAUUUACAGUAUGUUAUGCACUUCCCCUUUAUUUCAGAUGAGGUGGAGGACCAUUGUACCCCAACACUGUGUUCUCAUGGUUACAUGUCUGCUUACUGCCUUUGAAGCUGUGCCUAUAGACAUAGACAAGACAAAAGUGCAAAAUAGUCAACCUGUGGAAAGCGCCAAGAUUGAACCACCAGACACUGGACUUUAUUAUGAUGAAUAUCUCAAGCAAGUGAUUGAUGUGCUGGAAACAGAUAACCAUUUUAGAGAAAAGCUCCAAAAAGCAGAUAUAGAAGAAAUAAAGAGUGGGAGAUUAAGCAAAGAACUGGAUUUAGUAAGUCACCAUGUAAGGACAAAGCUGGAUGAACUGAAAAGACAAGAAGUGGGAAGGUUACGGAUGCUGAUCAGAGCUAAAAUGGAUUCCGCUCAAGGUACAGGCAUGGACCACCAAGCUCUUUUAAAACAAUUUGAGCAUCUAAAUCAUCUGAAUCCUGAGAAAUUUGAAUCCACAGAUUUAGACAUGUUAAUCAAAGCGGCAACAGCUGAUUUGGAGCACUAUGAUAAGACUCGGCAUGAAGAAUUUAAAAGGUAUGAAAUGAUGAAGGAACAUGAAAGGAGAGAAUAUUUAAAAACACUGGAUGAAGAAAAGAGGAAAGAAGAAGAAUCAAAAUUUGAAGAAAUGAAGAAAAAGCAUGAAAAUCAUCCCAAAGUCAAUCAUCCAGGAAGCAAAGAUCAACUGAAAGAGGUAUGGGAAGAGACGGAUGGACUGGAUCCUAAUGACUUUGACCCCAAGACAUUUUUCAAAUUACAUGAUGUCAAUAAUGAUGGCUACCUGGAUGAACAAGAAUUAGAAGCCCUGUUUACUAAAGAGUUGGAGAAAGUGUAUGAUCCUAAAAAUGAAGAGGAUGAUAUGAUAGAAAUGGAAGAAGAAAGGCUUAGGAUGAGGGAACAUGUAAUGAAUGAGGUUGACACUAACAAAGACCGAUUAGUGACUAUGGAAGAGUUUUUGAAGGCUACAGAGAAAAAAGAAUUCUUGGAACCAGACAGCUGGGAGACAUUGGAUCAGCAACAAUUCUUUACAGAAGAAGAACUAAAAGAGUAUGAAAAAAUGAUCUCUUUACAAGAAAAUGAACUGAAGAAGAAAGCAGAUGAGCUUCAGAAACAAAAAGAAGAGCUCCAACGUCAGCACGACCAGCUUCAGGCGCAGAAGCAGGAGUACCAUCAGGUUGUACAGCAGAUGGAACAAAAGAAAUUACAACAAGGAACUCCUCCAUCAGGACCAAAUGGAGAAUUGAAGUUUGAGCCACUGAUUUGAUUAAGUGGCUUUAUGCCGUGUUAAGGGGAAACAGCAGUAAGUGAGAAAGCUCUGCCGGUUGCUUUUAAAAUAAAUAGUGCUCACUCACAAAGAUAAAUAUUCUUUCAUGGGUGCUUAUCAUCUCUCUCAAUAAUGUCUUUUUGGUAUUGACAAUUCUGGAAAAAAAAAUGUUUAUUCCCUAGUGCUCCCUGGAAAAUGUUCCUUAGUGUAGCAGCCUUCUGUGCUACAGAUUCUGAAAAACUUUUGUUACCACUUCAGGUCAUCUUUCUUUCACAUUUUUACUCUAUACUUUAUUAUAUAAGGUUAGGUUAUGCUACACCUAACAGAAAAACCAAAGAUAAAAGUGAUUUAAACUACAGGGGAGUUGUUUCCUUCGGCAUAACAGAGAUCUGGAAGUAGGGGUGUCUGGGUUGUGUGAGCCUGGCGCAUGGCUUGGUUUUCAACUUUGCUUCACUCUUGUGGUCCAGGCUUGUUUCUGGAGGUGGUGGGGAAGGGCAAAACCCAGGGGACUCAGCUGCUUUCUUGAGAUAACUCUCCAGAAGCAGCAGCAAUACUGAAUUUCAUCUUCAGGCCUGAACCUAGGAGAGAAUUCUGUGUGUCCAUCUAAAAGCUAGGAUGGCUUUACUAAGGAGAGAGGGGGGAUAUGGGUAGACAGACUUCAGUGUUUUCACUCCAGUCAGCCUCACUGGCUGCUUGACUGUUUAUGGAAAUGCUUCUGAUACUCAGCACUCACUCGUCCCAUCCCAAAGAGGAUCCAUCCAAAGUCUACUCCAUCACCACACAUGAGCACGAAGCUCAUACUAUCUAGGUGUCAUCCUGCCCAGCAUGUUAAGGAUGGUCUCCUACAGUCUAAAAACAACUUCUCUGUCCCAAGAGCAUCACAUGAAUCAUGUGUUAGGUGUAGGA